AUGCCUAAAGCCAAUCAAACCCCCUCUAAAGCCAAAUCAUCAACCAAGGCUAAAGCAAAACCCAAAAUCAUGAAGCCCAAAUCAAAGAAAAGUGCCAAGCCAUCAAGGGAACCCAUACCCAUACCCACACCUACUUAUUCUCCUUCGAUAUCCUCCACUAUAACCACAUCAUCAUCCCAUGUUCCUAUUGCUCCUAUCAUCCCCACCUCCAUUGUACCCUCUUCUCUAAAACCAACCACCCAUUCACUUGAGCUUACUGCGAAAAAUACAUCUAUGUCAACAACGGUCAAGGCCACCCCAAGAAAUUCUGUCAAGAAAGUACUUGAUGCUGUUACGCAGGUUCACACAAUAGACAAGGAAUCCGUGGUUCAGGGGGAAUCAGUGCCAGUCAUUACUGAUCAGGUACAACAUCCUCUUUCUAAAUUAGAUGUUUUAGUGUUUGUUAUAGAUACUGCACCCCUAGAUAAUCUCCCACCCAUGGGUGAGAAACCACAAGUGGAGAAAUUCACUAUAGAAAAAGGUGCAGGUGAUAUGGGGAAGGAGGUAGAUACUACUAUUGUAGAGCUUGUGGUUGAUGGGGAAGGAUGUGAACAAGUUAAUGAUUCUACAGAAGAAGAAAAUCAUAGUGAAGAAGAUGACAACUCUAAAAGUGAGGGUGAAGAUCAAGAAAAUGUAAGUGAGAGUGAAGGAAGUGAUGAAGAGAGUGAGGAAGAAGAUGGGAAUAUGAGAAAGGAAUCUCAAGAGACAAGGGCUCAAGAACCUUUGUCUCUUUUAACUCCUUUCACUGGAGAUAAAGAAGUUAGCAGUGAUGAAGAUGAUGUGCCACUAUCUGAGGUAGGGAGGAAACCCAGGAAGACCCUUGUGAAAGUUAUAAAAACUCCUAUUACAAGGAGUAAAAGAAAGGUUGUUGAUUCACAACUCAUUAAGGAGUCUAGAAGUGCAAAGAAGCCAAAGAAGAAGGUCUCAAUUGUGGAACCUAUUGUUUAUGUGGAUGGAGAAGAUGAGUAUGACUCUACUUUGCCAGCUAAGUCUUCUUCACCAAAGAGAAAGGGUGCCAAAGUUACAAAACCUACUACCCCUUCUACAAGGGCCAGUAGGGGUAAGACAAGAAAUAAUGUUCUAGCUGCAGUUGAUCGACUCAUAGAGUUCAGGAACCAAAAAUUGCUAAAUGGGAAGAUUCUUGCGAUUACUGAUGAGAAGGUGAUGGCUCAGCUGGUUAAAAAACUUGAGCUACAAGGAUGGAAGCAUAUAUUUGUCAAAGCUUUCCCCCCAGUAUGUGUUCCUGCUGUGGUGGAGUUAUAUGCAAAUUUCAACUUUGAUGGGAAGGUAGUCAAGAGUAAGGUGGGGGGCUUUGAAAUGGAGUUUGAUGCUGAGUAG